AUGUCUGGAGGCACGGAGGAGUACGGCGAAUUUCUGCAUUUGGAUCGACGUUUUACUGAUUUCAAUGCUAUUCGCCAAGAGAUUGAAAAUGAGACGUUUCGGGUGGCAGGUCAGAACAAGGGCAUCUCGAAACAGCCAAUUCAUCUAAAGAUCUUCAGCCCACAUGUAAUCAACCUAACACUGGUUGAUUUGCCUGGUUUAACCAAGAUACCUGUCGGUGACCAACCUUCGGAUAUUGAGCGUCAGAUCCGUUCGCUCGUGACUGACUAUAUUUCAAAGCCGAACUGCAUCAUCAUAGCGGUGAGUCCCGCGAACGUCGAUUUGGCCAAUUCCGACAGUUUGAAACUCGCUCGAUCCGUUGACCCGCAAGGGCGGCGUACUAUUGGUGUUCUCACGAAGCUAGAUCUCAUGGACCAGGGAACGCAUGCACUCGAAAUCUUGUCUGGCCGCAUGUAUCCAUUGCGGCUUGGUUUUGUUGGUGUCGUUAAUCGGUCGCAGCACGACAUCAACAAUGGCGUGCCUUUGGCGGAGGCUCGUCGUGCAGAAGAAGAAUUCUUUCGGACACAUCUCGCAUACCGGAGUAUUGCUCACAAAUGUGGUACCAAAUACCUGGCAAAAACUCUGAAUCAAGUGCUUAUGGCACAUAUCCGUGAUCGUCUUCCUGACAUGAAGGCGCGCCUUAACACGCUCAUGGGCCAGGCUCAGCAGGAACUUGCAUCUUUUGGUGACGUUUCGUUCAUGGGUGACCAACAUCGUGGCACACUUAUUCUUAAGUACAUGACUCAAUUUGCGAGGGACUUUGUUGCGUCGAUCGAAGGCACAUCCUUCGAUAUCUCAACGAAGGAGUUGUGUGGUGGUGCACGAGUCUACUGCAUCUUUCAGGAUGUGUUCGGUCAGGCGCUUAAUUCAAUCAAUCCAACCCAAAACCUUACUGUUCAAGAUAUCCGUACAGCCAUCCGAAAUUCGUCGGGCCCACGCCCCACCUUGUUCGUGCCGGAGGCAGCAUUCGAGCUUUUGAUCAAGCCCCAAAUCAAACUGCUUCUGCCUCCCAGCUUGCGAUGCGUGGAGCUUGUGUAUGAAGAACUGAUGAAGAUCUGUCACAAUUGUACGAGUUCAGAGCUUCAGCGGUUCCCCCGUUUACACGCGCAACUCAUUGAAGUGGUGUCAGAUCUUUUACGAGAACGACUGGGCCCUGCUUCUGAGUAUGUGCAAAGCCUGAUUGAAAUUCAGACCUCUUACAUUAACACGAAUCACCCGGCUUUCGUACAGGACUCGGCCAAUAUCGCGACGCGUAUGCGCGAUGACAAACAGCGCAAGAUGAUUUCUGAAUCAUCUAGGCCAGACACCUCCUUGGACUCGGAUCUCGGUGCACCUGCUAUUGAUGACGAUGAAAACAAACAAGGACAAGCGCUUGUCGUCAAUGGUGCGAAUUCUAAGCGUGGCUCUGAGCAUGCACGCCAGGGUCAUUCCUUGAAAGAGACCAUGAGGCCUCCAAUGUCUGAUUCGAGUGCUGAGGCGCCUUCCUCGGCAGGGUCGUUGGCAAGCAGUAACCACACAGGUCCUAUCAGCGCAAGCGGCCAGCGAGAAUCGUUCCUCAACUACUUUUUCGGUGGUGCGACGAUGAGUGACACAAGCGGAUCUGGCUCCGGUGUUUCGAUGGGAUCUCGUUCUGUCGAGCAAAAACCCAACAUUCUCACUGGGCGUCUGGGACUUGAGGGGGACAGUGCAGCGUUCAACAUGAAGAGCUUGGACCACCAUCUUAGCACUGAAUCUGUGCCAGACGACGAAUACUCUCUAACGGAACGUGAGGCCAUGGAGACGAAUCUAAUUCGAGAGCUAAUCACUUCCUAUUUCAACAUUGUGCGGCAGUCGAUUCAGGAUCUCGUGCCUAAGGCUGUGAUGCAUUUGCUCGUGAACUAUUCACGCGACACUGUGCAGAACCGCCUUGUUGUCAACUUGUACAAGGAGUCUAUGUUUGAGGAACUGCUACAUGAAGACGAGACACUCACGAAAGAGCGCCAGCGUGUGCAGGCCCUGUUGGAAGCAUACAGAGAAGGGUUUAACGUGCUAUCUGAGAUAACUUAUAAACCGAGUAGUGCGUAA